CCGACCCCGGAACCGGAAGUGGGAUCGGUCCAUGCGCAGCGAGCGCCCCCCCUCUUGACGUCAGCGUCACACUGCACACAUAGAGAAAACCUUGAGAUAACAUGGAUAACGACAUUGACAUGGCCCAGGAGGCGGUUUUGCUGGGAGAGGUCCAGGGGGACAUUGAGGCUGAGGAAGCUAGCAUUCCAGCCGCGCUAGCAAACCCCAGUGUAACACCAGUGAUAGCAACAGGGAGUACGGCCCGUAGUGCUCUCAGUGAGACUCCUGAGGCGGCCAGGUAUGGUUCAGUAAGUUGGGCAGAGCAGGUGGAGCUUAGUGAGAGGCCCACCAGACGAACGAGACGUGGUAGACGCUCGAGGCGUAAGUCUACUGCCGCCAUGGCAGCGACUCCUUCUGAUGCGACCAUGCCCUCUCCCAACCUUCAGGUAACGGUAGGUACUACUAACAAAGUAGUAGAGCGGCGGGUGGCAGUACCACCACCUCCCCGCCGCGUCGCCAUGACUGUGGUAGGUAUGCGGGCUCCCUCCCUUCGCGGAUGUCCAGUCCCUGACUGUGGGGGCCGUGAAACAGAGGCCCAUGCAUUUGAGGCCCAUUUGCCGCACAUUUUCCUGGCCAGUCUCUCCGGUCGGGAUGUGGUAAGUAGGCGGACAGGAGCCCUGAAAUUCCUCAUCUCCUCACUGAUGGGGGCCCGAGCCACCCUGGCUCAGUUGGUGCGUUAUGGUGAGGCCCUGGGGUUUCCAGAAGGGAAUGAGGAGGUGAGUUCUCAGUUGGCACUGGCCAUGAAAGAGUUUGGUGCCCUGUUCGGCCAAUCUGAGGGGCCCUUCCAGGUGCUGGCCCACGACAAUGGCCCGCAAGCCCUCCUUCAUUGGAGGUUUCUAUUGAGGGUAGCUGCCCUCCUGGAGAAGAGUCAGCUUCUCCAAUGGCGAGACCUUUUUCCCCUCUCGGAGGAAGAGCGGGCUGCCCAUCUGCCCCGCCUCCCUGAGGGCUUUGAUGCCCAUUUUCACCUUGACCGGACCUCACUUCGGUUGGGGUUGAAGGGCCUGUCCCUUCGACAAGUUGUCCAGGGCAAGGACAAGGAUUCCAUGUAUCCGUUCACCCUCACGGGGGGGACGGCCGUGUUCUGUGAUCCGGACACAUGGCCGGAACCCGAAGAGUUGCCCGCACUCAGAGAAAUGGGGUUAGUGCUGGCAGUGGGGCUCCACCCCAAGAAGGUGGCCAGCAGUGAGCAAUUUCGUCGUCUGGGGACUCUCCUUUCCUCCCCAGAUGUGUCUGCUGUGGGAGAGGUGGGGAUCGAUCACACUGUCCCCCCAGGCGAGUGGGUCGGCCAACGACUCCGCCUAGAAAAGGUGUUAAAAUUGUUAACCCCUGCCAAAAUACUAGUUCUUCACUGCAGAGGUCUGCCAGGAGGUGAGGAUGACGCCCUGUUCUCCCUCCUGAUGCACCUGCAGUGCAUCCCAGUGGGCCGUGACCAGCUGAUACACUUGCACCUCUUCCAGGGGUCUAUGGGGGUCUUGCGGCGGUGGCUUCAGGCCUACCCUAACACUUAUUUUGGGGUAGGGUCCCGCGCGGACUCCCUCCCUGGAAGGAGAGUGGCGGUGGCGGAGCUGCACCGGAGUAGGGUCUUGCUGGAGACCGACUCUCCGCAUUUCCCAUGCAAGCCCAACAGGCAUGGGACUCCAGCAGACCUGGGGUGGACGGGUGCGAUAAUUGCACCUAUCUGGGGCUGCACCUGGCAGGAGGUGCUGGCCAUCACGGCCAGGAACGCCAGGCGGCUGUAUGUGGACGGGCUCCCGCCCGAGUCCACGGGGCAGUAGGGUUUCGCCAGUGACCCCUGCUGAGAAGUGGUGCCACUCAGUGGGGGCUUGCCCAGGGCCCUCUCUGGUCAUGCCAUGUGUCCAGGGUAGGGCGCACCAUGGCAUGCUGGGCUCAGUGUCCAGCAGGCCGAAGACUACAUGUAGGAACACCUUUAUUUAGAAGAGGGGGCAGUGUAGUGGCGCCGACCCCGGAACCGGAAGUGGGAUCGGUCCAUGCGCAGCGAGCGCCCCCCCUCUUGACGUCAGCGUCACACUGCACACAUAGAGAAAACCUUGAGGUAAGCAUAUCUUCCCCGAUCGUGUGUUUAAGUUGCAGAUCGGCAC